GGUUCGGGGAAGCUGAUGAGCUGGAGCUUCUCGGCAUCCUACUGGGUAGUACGCGUGCAGGUAGAGACAGGACUGGGCGGAGAAGGAACCGCUCCUUCCAGGCGGCAGCAGCAGCAGGCAUCUGCACACACGACCCCUCAGCGGGACUCCCAGCCCCGUGGGAGAAUCCACAGAAACCCACCCGCGACCGACUUCCCCGGACGGACCCAACCUGACCCGCGUACUAUAAACUUCCCCGGAGGCAGAGGCGGCCGGCAGCAUGAAGAAGUCCUCGGGUUCAGGAGUCAUGAGGACCUCCACUAGUCGUAGAAGGCUUGGUGACACAUCUGGCCCAGCUUUGAAGAGAUCCUUUGAGGUCGAGGAGGUCGAGACACCCAACUCUACACCACCACGGCGGAUGCAGACACCACUCCUCCGUACCACUGUUGCCAGCUCCACACAGAAAUUCCAGGACCUUGGUGUGAAGAACUCUGAGUCAUCUGCCCGCCAUGUGGACUCCCCAGUCCAGAAGUCCCCCAAGCCCUCCCUAAGGAGAAUCGAGCUCUCUGGACCCAAAAGUGAGCCUGUGUCACGGAGGACGGAGAUCUCCAUCGAUAUCUCCUCUAAGCAGGUAGAGAACUCUAGUGGCACAGGGCCAUCCCGGUUCAGCCUCAAAAGAGCUGAGGUGCUGGGGCAUAAGACCCCAGAGCCAUCUCCCAGAAGAACCGAGAUUACAGUAGUCAAACCCCAGGAACCCUCCCUGAGGAGGAUGGAUGCUCCAGUGUCGAAGAUCCCUGAGUUGCCCCAGCGAAGACCGGAUGCCUUUGCUGUCCCUCUAGCUGAGGCAGUCCCAAAGCGGGUUGAGAUCCAGGUCACCAAGGCAGCUGAUGCCUCACCCCCACCCAUUCGACCUGUGGAAAAUUCAGAACACGCUCCACCUUCUCCUCAGCAGAAAAGGUUGGAACUCAAGUCCCAGCCUGUGGCGGCUGAUAUUCCACCAAAGAGCAUGGAGGCUUCGGAGGCAAUUCCCAGCCAUACUAGCAUUAUGGCAGAUAACUCCAGAGAUGUUGGGCUAAAGCAAGCCAUCCCCCAAAGGAAUGAGAAGGCAACCCUUGACUUUGGCUAUGUGGGAAUUGAUGCCAUCCUGGAGCAGAUGAGGCGGAAAGCCAUGAAGCAGGGUUUUGAAUUCAACAUCAUGGUGGUUGGUCAGAGCGGCCUAGGGAAAUCCACAUUGAUCAAUACCCUGUUCAAAUCCAAAGUCAGUCGGAAAUCAGUCCAACCAGUUUCAGAGGAACGGAUCCCCAAAACCAUUGAGAUCAAAUCCAUCACUCAUGAAAUUGAGGAGAAAGGCGUCCGGAUGAAGCUGACUGUGAUUGACACACCAGGUUUUGGGGAUCACAUUAACAAUGAAAACUGCUGGCAACCGAUUAUGCAGUUCAUCAAUGAUCAGUAUGAGAAAUACCUUCAGGAGGAAAUUAACAUCAACCGGAAGAAGAGGAUCCCAGACACCCGGGUGCACUGCUGCAUCUACUUCAUUCCUGCCACUGGCCACUCUCUCCGACCGCUGGACAUUGAGUUCAUGCGACGUCUGAGCAAAGUGGUCAACAUCGUCCCAGUCAUUGCCAAAGCUGACACCCUGACGCUGGAAGAAAGAGACUACUUCAAACAAAGGAUCACUGCUGACUUGCUGUCCAAUGGUAUUGAUGUAUAUCCCCAGAAAGAAUUUGAUGAAGACCCAGAAGACAGACUAGUCAAUGAGAAAUUUAGAGAAAUGAUUCCAUUUGCUGUUGUGGGCAGUGACCAUGAAUACCAAGUCAAUGGGAAAAGGAUCCUUGGGAGGAAGACUAAAUGGGGCACCAUUGAAGUUGAAAAUACUACACACUGUGAGUUUGCUUAUCUGCGGGAUCUCCUUAUCAGGACACACAUGCAGAACAUUAAGGACAUUACCAGCAGUAUUCACUUUGAAGCCUAUCGAGUAAAGCGUCUGAAUGAGGACAGCAGCAGCAUGCUUUCCAAUGGUGUGGAGGAGGAGGUGGCACCCCAGGAGAUGUAGAAGCAUUCCCCUGCCCCAGGAUCCAUCCCUUCCACCCGUUCCCAUCCCUUAGUCCGCCACCGCCCUUCCCGUCCUGUUUUAUUUUAUAUAACUUCCUUCAUUUUUGUCAUCAUCCGUCCCUUUUCUGUCAUUGUCACUUGACCAGAUAACAAGAUACCAUAUAUCAUUGUUGAGUGUGUUAAUUAUUAGCCCACUGGCACUGAUCUUGGAAGGGGGGAGGCAAGAGAUAUGUAUUGUGUGGUUCUGGCUGAGGGCAGGGUGUCUCUGUACCAUCUGAGACCUGAAAACUCUGGACUGUAGGAGAGUGGACUAUGUAGACUGUCAAGCCUCUGGAACUUGAUUCUAAGAUGCCAGCCCCAUUCCCACCCCCCUUCAGAGAUUCUUUUGUUCUCCUGCCCUCAGCAGCUCUUUGGGAAACCAAAUCUAUUUACUUCUAGGACCAGAAAAAGGAGAGAAAAGGCGGGAGGGGUGGGGGGGUGCAGGGUAUCUGUAGCUACAGACCAUUCUAACUAGACAGAUUUGCUCAGUGCCAAAUAGCCUCAGGUGUUUGUGUGUAUGUGUGUGUAUGUGUGUUUGUGUGUAUGUGUGUGUACACACACAUAUACAGUGUAAGUAAGCAUGUCCACAUGCUCACUUUUCACCCCACUGUCCACAUAAGAUCACGGCUUCUCAGAAAGAAUGUAAGUUUUUGAAGCACAGGGAUUCCGUGUCAUGAGAGGAUGGAUAGAGACCCAGGGAUGUGGGCUCUUAUGUCUCCAUCCUCCCUCCAUCCUCUUGCCAAUAUGAAAGGACUCAGACAAAAUAACCUUAAGAGCAAGAGUUGAUCCCCCUACCCUCUGCCCCAGGGAAGUAACUAGUUCUAGGAAAUGAAUGUGCCAAAUUCUGAAACAGUGACAAAGCUGACUGUGUGCCUGUCCUGGAACAGAAAGUGCCUUUUAACUCUGCCCAUCCAAACAAAUCAUUUGGGGGCUCCUUGUCUCUCCCAUGUAGUCCCUUGAGCUGGGAACUGGAACGGAGUAGAGAUCAGGUAGCACCUCUAGUCCUGCUUUCCACCAGCUGUCAUUACUCUUUGUUGGAAUGUAGAAACUGCUGAUUUGCUGGGAACUUGCCUGGAUUUAUGAUUUUCCUUUAAAAAUAAAGUAAAACAAAUUCCUUCUCCCAUCUUGCCUCCUUCCUCCCCAAGGCCUUUCUUAAUUUUUGGAAGGUUAGAAAUAGGUUGAUCCGGUGAAGUAACUGAGGGUGGAAAUUGUAGAUGUUUAAACAGUGUUGCUUAGUAUUACUGAACAAGAUUUUCAAUGAGUUUUUUUCUUGUCUUUGGCUUGUGUGGGCAAGCAUGCUUACUCCUGCCUAGCUAGCUCUUCAGUUUGGCUCAGUACUUUGUCUAGUGGACCUCUCAUGUGAGGCCUACCCUCACUUUCUCCCAGCCCCAGCACAUGGCCACCUCAGCCUGCACCUGUACAGUUUGAGAUUGGAUAAUUUCCAGGUGCUGCACUCGUCAUUUCAGAGUAGCCCAUACCCUAGAGAGAAAAUUUAGUGAGGUACAGAGUUGGAGGUGGAGGUUGGGAGGAUUGAGGGUUAGUUAUCAGAAGCCAUUUUCCCCUUAAACCAUUCUGGUCAACCAGAAGGCCAUUGUAAUGGCUUUCCAUUCCAAUCAACUAGAAGGAAGAAUUACAGGACCCCUGACUAAUAGAUAUGUAGAGUCUUGUAUGUGGAGCUACAAUUCUAGAGUGGUGAUACAUACAAAAGUUUAUUUUUGAGAGAUAGUCUGAAUUUUGUGUUUAACUCCUAUCCCACAUAGGAAAUAUAGAAGUCUUUACUGAACUAUGUUGAGGGAAAACUGUUUACUAUAUAUACAUACAUAUGUAUAUCUAUAUAUGUGUAUAUGUAUAUAAAAUAUAUACAUACACACACACACACACACACACACACACUGACUGUUUCUAAUGUCUGAGUGUAGUGAAUUGGGGGUGGGGGUGGUGAUCACUUCUAUAGGAUGCACUUCAGCUCACAUUGUGUCACUGGCUUGUGUGAUUUCCAGGCCGCACUGCAUUAGGGCAAAGCAAGAUGUUCAGCUUUUCCUUCUUUUUACCUUUAAUUUUUGAAAAAAUGUCAAGGCAUCAUGGCGAUAAAUUCCAAAAAUGACUUUUGGCAUUGUGGUAUAAUGCAUCCUGACAACUUUAACUCUUUUUGUAUAAAUAAUAAAAUGUUUAAUAUGUAUUUCCUGAAAUAAAUGUUUCAAAUGCAAAUGAUGAAAGAGAA